ACCACGUACCACCCUAGUAGUACACUAAAACUUUCACAAUUCACAACCUUGUAAGAAAAGAAAAGCUGACGCUUAAUUUCCAUGGCGACAAGCUUGGCUUCCGGGGAGUUCUCCUCCGCCUCCUCCGCCGACGACAGCCGCGGUUCGUUCUUCGACGAGCAGCGGUGGCUCCACUACGUCAGUUGUAGUUUCAGUAAGGAGACCAUAGAUGACCUCAGGUUCGUCGCGAAGGUCUUCGACGUCCCGAAGAUCCUCCGCGCCCUGAAGCCGGAGGACUACGUGCCCCAGCUGUUCGCCCUCGGCCCCUACCACCAACACCGGCCCGAGUUCAGCGACAUGGAGCGGUACAAGCUCGCAGCUGCUAGGAGGGUCGAGAAGUCGUUCAAAGACGGCGCCAAGUUCGGCGAUCUCGUCGAGCAGUUUGUCAAACUCGGAGAUCAGAUCCGCGCUUUCUAUCACAGAAAUAUUGAUUUCAGUGAUGAGACGCUGGCGUGGAUGAUGGCGAUCGACGCGUGCUUCUUGUUCGAAUUCCUGCAAAACUACCACCACGCAGAGGAAGAAGGAAAGGCUCCUAUUAACACCGUGACAAACUGGGGGAACACCGUUGUUAGGGACAUCAUGAUGCUCGAGAACCAGAUCCCGCUCACUCUCCUAACAAAGACAUCAAAGCUAAUCAAAUGCUCAUCUAAGGAUGCUUCAAAUGAGCUGUCGCUAGCCUUCGAUAGAUUUAUCAAAGAGGUCUCUCCGUUCGAGAUCACGGGCAGUAUCGCCGUCGACACUGCUAAGCACGGGCAUCUACUCGAACUCCUCUACCAUGCGCUGGUCCCCACGUCGGAAAGCUCCCUUGAUCAAACGGAGAUAGAUGUUCCGAAUGAGCUCUACGAAGACCUCACGGAAGAGAUCAAGGACGCGACGGAGGUGAAAAAAGCAUUCGAAGAGGUCGCGAAUCUAAACAUCGGUCCGAUUCGAUUCCUCAAGAAAAGCCUAGCCAGUGUUCGGAGCAUGCUUUUGAGGAAAUUACCGUUGCUUGCGGUCGUAGCUGCCCUGAUUGAGAAGAUAAUCUCUCAAACAAAUGUCGAGUCCAAGUUGGCCGACGGAUCUCUAAUUAACAAUAUCAUUAGAUCGCCUUUGGUAGAUCAGAUUACGAUUCCUAGCGUCGGCGAGCUCGUCGGUGCAGGUGUAAAAUUUGUCCCCGCGCAGGAGAACGGGAUGAAUGGGAUUAAUUUCGACGCCAUAACCGGAGUUUUUACUCUGCCCGUCAUCACACUAGAUGCCAACAGCGAAGUUAUACUAAAGAAUUUGGUAGCGUACGAGGCUUCGGUAGCGCGGAAAGGGCCCUUGUUUCUAGCGCGAUACACCGAACUGAUGAACGGAAUUAUAGACACCACCGAAGACGUGCAGCUGCUCAGGGCAAGCAAGAUCAUACGGAAUCACUUGAAGAGCGAUAAGCAAGUGGCGGAUCUGUGGAACGGGAUGUGCCGGUCGAUUCGGCUUACGAGCGUGCCCAAGCUCGACCGCGUGAUCAAGGAAGUGAACAUGCACCACAGCAGCAAGUUGAAGGUGAAGGUCAACAAGUUUCUCAAGAAAUAUGUGUUCAAGUCGUGGAAGAUCCUCACUCUAUUAGCCGCCAUUAUCCUUCUCGCCAUGACCGCAUUGCAGGCCUUCUGCUCGGUGUAUAAUUGUAAUCGGUGGUUUGCGGCAGCAGCACUGCCGCCGUUGGGACAACAGUAGGAUAAAUUUAUGCAUCUAAAUUAUGUCCUAGCUAGCUCCUUCUAAUAUUAUUUUUGCAUUAAUUAAGGUUUAAUCCUAUAGUUUCAUAACUAAUCUUGUUAUUUGUUGAAUCAUAAUUGAUGAUUGAUUAUUGUUGG